AGUAUCCAUUUAUUUCCACACAAUAUUCCACUUCAGCUUCCUACUUCAUCCUCCUUUUCUUCUUCUCCUCUCUCUCACCAUAUUCCACUUUCUCAAGAUUCCAUAAAUGUGAUACAAGUGGAAAUUGAUGGAUGUUGCAGAGGCAAAAUCUUCAUCUGGGUACGGUAAGGCUCCAUGGGUGUUUAGAGGCAGUGCCUGGUAUCAACUCCAUCUUGUGAAAGCAGAGAAAGCUCGAGCUUACAUUCCAAAAGAGUUCAAAUUGGUUCAAGCUUUUGGAUACACUCUUGGUGGCUUCUUUCUGGCCAGUUAUGAGGACAGUCCAGUUGGUGUCUUUGACGAGCUUGUGGUGAUUGCAGGACUUGUAUGGAACCGACCAACGUCCUGCGCUUGGGCAACAAGAGUGUACGUGAACAACGGUGAGGCUUGUUAUCACGGAAGAAAGGAGGUGGGACUUCCAAGUCAGAUGGCUAGGUUUUCUAAGACAAUUACAGCUAUCUCAAGACAACCGAAGGACAAUAUGAAUGGAUUUUUUAAUAUGAUUGGAACUGGUGCUAAGUUCUGCAAUCCUAAGGAACACCUGAAUGUUCAAGAGACCAAAAUCAGAUGUGUUGACGCAGCUGAUACUUAUAAUAUCAGUCUCAAAAGUGCUGCAGUGCAAGCUUCAAGGUUCGACCACUGGAUGGGGCCAACAAUCAGAAUGUCACUUCCGAGUUUUAGUGGCGGUACGGAGUGUAAUCCUAACCUCCUCAAGUAUUCUUGCAAAAUUGAAUGCAGGGUGCAAGCAGUGCAGCCAUUGAAGGUUUCAAGAGCAAUCCCUAUUACAAAUGAUGAUGACAACGAGAAAUCUUUAGAAGACUAUGGGAGCAGUAGCCACGAGGCUAAGGAUCAUGAAAAUGAUAGACAGAAUUUCAGCACCUGUGUGAUGUUAUCAAAACCCAUCUUAGCAUUGAAGUUUAAUCAAAUGAAGAUGCAGGUAGAAGCUCCCGUUGUACUUUCCCAAUCCUUGAAUUCUUUAGAAACUUCUGUCACCUCGGUUCCAUAAGCAGCACAGUUGUACAAAUACAGAAAUGUAUAUUUAAUUUGGAGCAGCAAAACCUGGGUUUUCAGUUGAAAAUUUCGCUGCAUUCAAAUUCAAGAAUGCACGUUUUGAGAUUUCGUACCUCACAUAGGGAUGGCAAAGGGUCCAAGACCCAUUGGGUAACCGCAAAAAAUACUCACAAUGGGUAGGGUAAA